UUUUUUAAGUUCCAAUUUUUUAUUUAAAAAUACGAGCAUAACUGUUAGAGCAAACAAAUAUGGUUUAUAAAAAUAUUGAUUGGAAAAUGUAAAAAUAUAUUAAAAACUCAACAUACUACUUUGAGGAGUGAUAAUUUAAAAAAUUUACGGCUCGAUAUACGAUAGGUUUACAGUAGGACAUAAAAUACUCUAUUGUUCUACUGAGUAUUAAAAUUCGCGAACUUCAAAGUUUUUCAAAAGACUCUAUGGAAUAUAUUUUAACAGCCAGUAUAUAUGUUGAAACAAAUUUCUAUGGAUGUUCGAAGAAAUUGGUGUUUCGCGGAAUUUUUGACGAAAAAGAUACCGCAAGUUUUUUGUGAGAGUGGGGAGAGAAUUUCGUGUAGCUUGCGGGCGGGCACUCGAGUCCUGAGACGGAAAACUUGAAGAUAUGUUUUGUUGUGCGCAGUCGAGACGUGAGUAGUCAUCUGGAGCGGUUCUAAUCUCGACAUCGUCCAACGAAAGUGAUGAGAUUAUCAUCAAAAUUGAGAUCUCCUGACGACGCUGUUGUGCUUUUUUUUAAAUAUUAUUUCUGAAAUUGAUACUCUCGCAAAGUUCUUGCGAUUCGUACACCGUGUUGAAGUAAAUUUCAUAUCACCUGAGUGCUGGUUAUAAAAGCGAAAAGUGUAUUUAUAAGUGCUAAACCCGAGGAAUACGAUAAAUCAGUGGGAUACCACCGUGUAUUUCAUUAAAUAAAGACCGGAAUUGAUCGUUUAUGGACGGAAAUAUGCGUGAGCGGGAAGAUUUUACGAGGAAUUUUCCCUCGGGUCAUCCGACUCAGGUACCCUCGCCACAAGCUCACGGACUCGAUGCAAUUCAUGCACUUUGCAAAGAGAUUUAUCCCGAACAGAGCAAUCCUCUUACUGUCACAGCGAUUGUCAAAUACUGGCUCGGUGGUCCAGAUCCGUUGGAUUACAUUAGUAUGUAUGAAAAUGCAGGAUGUCCAGAGCUGGGUGUACCUCCCCACUGGCAUUAUAUAAGCCUCGGUCUUUCCGACCUCCACGGCGACGGACGAUUGCAUCCGAAAACCGGGCCUGGACGCCCCAGCGGAUUUGGUUUCGAGUUGACUUUCCGCCUCGUUCGAGAACGUGGGGAAACAACGCCUCCCACUUGGCCCGCUAACGUCAUGCAACAAUUGGCCAAAUACGUUUUCAACUCAGGGAACAUGCUACUCCCCGGCGAUCACGUGUCCUGGCACGCACCCCUCGGCAACAACAGUCACGGAAAAAUAACCCAAAUUCUCAUGAGCAGGGAUCCACAGUUACCGGCCUCAGCGUCGACCCCCAACGGCGAAGUUACUUUUGUACAAAUAGUCGGUGUUACUUCGGAAGAGCUUCAAGCUGCUCAGCACUGGAACGGGUUGGGUGUCGUAAAUUUGUUGAAAACAACUCGAGGCUGCGGAGCUUGGUUGGUCACGGACACGAAUCGACAACAUUCAGCGAUGGAGGAAGAUCCUUCGGUUGCUGAAAAAAUACAAUCGGGUAUCGAGAGAGAAGGUUCGAAUUUGAGCGGCGUGUCUGCGAAGUGUUGGUGGGUCCAAAUGGCGAGUGAAGCGAGCACCGACAGAUAUAGAGAGAGACGAGACACGGCAUCCGAUGACGAGGACGAGGACAGGGAACGAGACGAGAAGGAGGAGGAAGUCGAAGAAAAGCUACGAAAACCUCAGAUCAAAUCAGAGCGGCUUUCGCCUUGCGAAAGCGAUGUCAAUUUUCAUGCUGACAAUUCAGUCAAGAGCUUACCUGGCCUGCAUUUGACUUUCAAUUUGGAGGCCGGGACUUUGCUGCCUUUGGCUAUAAAGGGACGCGUGAUGCACGGACGACAUUUUACGUUUAAAUCGAUUCUCUCGCAUUCUGCGAUAACCAUAGUCGCUCCAUCGGUGACCGGGACCCUCGUGACGAGAGAAAAGCCGUACGUCGUUCAGGGCCCGUGGCUUCAAGUUUUAUUGCCCGAAGAUCUUUCCGAGAAAAUGGCGUACGAGUUCCAAGCACUAAACUCUUUGGAUCAUGUGAGCCUUCCGAAAACGUUCUCAUGGCCUGAGCACAAACUCGCGAUAACCAUCGUCAACGACUGACCUCAGAACGAGGAUUUCAAGUAAAAAAUUAUCGUUCGCAUCGAAAAAUUGCCCACAGUGCCUCGUCCGAUGGCAACUGUGCAUCAUCGGCUUAAAAGUAUUAUCCUAAAUUAUCGUGUCGACAACUUUGUAUAGAAUAUUUUUUAUUUUUAUAACGUUUCUACUGUUUUAACUAGCAACUUUCUCGAUUAUCUUGUUUUAUUUAUUAUUCGAGAGUUCAACACGUGCGAAUGUUCGCUCGUGGAAGGGGCAACUUUCGAGUCUGUUUUUCCAGUGUAUUUUUGCCUUUUUUCUAAGAAAGUUUAAGACUGGGUGACCGGUGAAUGUCGGAUUACGGUUUUCGACAAUCUUUAUUGAAUUUCGAGUGCGUCAAUAAGCACAAUUUUCUAAACGAGAGUCAUUGAAACAAAAUAUUAUUUAUGAGAGUUUGAAUAAAUAACGAAGAUAGAAAUAUCAUCGCGGAGAAGACCAAUUCACGUGUAAAUAGUACUAAUCGUACGCGAGAGUGAAUGAAAUGAAAGCUUUUUGAUUAUCGAAUGUUCUUGUUUAAGCGUUGUACGAUUAAUAAAGUUUGUACAUAGACAGAAAAAGUACGAAAACGGUA